AUGCAGUUUGAAAUUGCGUCGUACGAGGUGAAUGGACGGAGUAUUCUGCAGUCUGUGGCUGGCGAGGUGGCGCCUGGGUCCGUGCUGGGGGUGAUGGGGCCGUCUGGGGCAGGCAAGUCGACGUUCCUGACGGUGGUAGGCGAGCGGCUGCCUGGGGUGAGCGGGGCUCGGCUUGAUGCGAGGGUACAGUACGGCGGGAUGGCUUACUCAAAGCACGUUGCGUCUCGUCUUGCUUUUUGCCCGCAGGACGAUGCAGCACUGAUUCCGUGCCUUACGGUCCGCGAGACGCUGGAGACGCAGGGAGCGCUGCGGUUGCCGGUCGGGGCGGUAUUAAGCGAGGCUGUGGACGCGGUGCUUGCGGAUCUGGGGCUGGAGCAUGUCGCCGAUUCGCGAAUCGGGUCUGCGUUUGAGCGGGGCAUUUCCGGCGGCGAGCGGCGGCGGGUGUCUGUGGCGUGCGAGCUGCUGUCACGGCCCAAGUACCUGCUGCUCGACGAGCCGACGUCCGGGCUGGACUCUGCGAGCGCAGAGCGACUGAUGGCGGAUGUGGCGGGGCUUGCGGCGCGCGACGGCGUUGUGGUCAUGUGCUCGAUCCACCAGCCGUCGCGGGCGAUUGUGGGUCUGCUGGACUCGCUGCUGGUGCUUGUGGGCGGGCGGAUGGCGUACAUGGGGCCACGAUCACGGCUACAAGAGGCGCUGGUGUCUGGCGGGCUUGCGCCUGCAGGCGCCAAUGUUGCGGAAGAAGUGCUGCGGGUGGUAGUCUCACCAGGCGGGUGCGAUUUGCUUGAUGUGGCGGUGGCGGGGUCGGGCGAGGAAGAGGUGGGAGGAGGGAGCGGAACGCGGCGGCGGGCGGCGACGGGGCGGGUGCUGGUGACCAGCAGUGGGAAGCGGCGACUGACGACGUCGUACGGCGAUGACGAGCCCGUGUUUGGAGCGAGAUCGCUGAGCAAGAUGAAAGUGCUGUUCUGGCGACAGGCGCUGGUGGUCAAGCGCGAUCCGCACGUGUUUUCCGUCCGCGCGGUCAUGAUCUGGUUGAUGGCGCUCAUGAUUGGCGGGCUGUACUUUGAAAUUGCGUCCGACUACGAGACGGUCCGGGACCUGGUCAAUGUCUUCUUCUUUGCCGUCCUUGUCACCACCUUUGUCUCGCUGACGACUCUCCCACACGCGGUCCACGACCGGCUCAUUCUCCGGCACGAGUACCGAUCGCGGCUGUACUCUGUAGCAGCACACGUGUCUACCACGCUUAUUUUUCGGAGCGCUGUCAUUUUGAUCAUUGUGGGCGUGUUCUACGCGGUGCUCGUGGGCCGGUUCUUUGCCGGUCUGGCGGUUCUGGUGGUGGCCAACAUCUUUGCCGAGCUGUUCAUGCUGGUGAUGGGCCUGGUCUCGCCGGACCCAGUCAUUGCGAUCUCGGUAGGUGUGACACUCUACGGGUUCUUUAUGCUCACCUCGGGCGCGAUCAUCAACCCGUCGCGGGCGCCUGCCGUUCUCCGGCCGAUGUUCUUCUCGUCGUUCUAUCGGCCUGCCAUCCAGGCGCUGAUGCUCAUCACGUUCCCCGACAUGGCGUUCGAGUGCCCAACGGUGCUCGCGCAAGUCAUCCCGGACUACGCCGCUUGCCGGGUGGCGGGGCAGGACGUGCUGCGGACAGUGUUCAGGUCGGGCGACACAUACUUUAUCUCGUCGGUCGGUGCCGGUGUCAGCCUCCUCCUCGGCCUCAUCGCGGUUUGGAUUGUGCUCUACGCUCUUCUCCUCCACGCGGUACUCUCAGGCACAGACUUUGGCUUGUUGCGUUUGUGGGAACGAGUCCGCGGGCGGAAGUAUGCGGCACUAUCGCGGAUGGAGGCACCGUUGAUCGGUGGGAGUGUGUUACACUCCAAUGAAUGACCGAAG